CGUGAGCCUCCCGCAGCCAGUCUCGCGGCGACCCUGCACGCUCUCGCGACCCCCGACACGGACGGACCUGCCCAGCGCCGCCGCCUCCUGGUCACUCGCCGCCCCUGUGAAGCGACUUGUGCUCGUUGAGGAGGACUGACCCUCGACCGUUGUAGUUAUAGUGCACAGUUCGUGCUCAGAAGACUUAGAGUGUAGUGUGAUGCAUCAGGUGCUGCUGGUGCUACCCCUGCUGCUGCUGGCCCUGCUUGUGCCUGCUGCUUGCUUCCACGUGCCCUCUGUCGAGUCCGUGACUGGCCGCGGCGGUCAGUCCCUUGAGGUGUCUCGGGAUGCGGUAGCGGUCACGCCUCCCGACGCCGCGCUCGACCCCUCCCGCCUUCGCCGCGCCCUCCGAGCGCUCCUUGACCUCAACGACGGGGAGCUGCAGGCGCUGAUGGCGGGGGUGCCGCCCCACACCAUGGCGCCGCGCAUUGCCCCCUCGACCGCCUUCUUCCUAGCCGGCAGCCGAGCGUACCUGGAGCGCCUUCAGACGAUCCUGUCUACCUCAGAAGACACGUCCUUCAGCCAGAGCACGUGGAACCCAAAGAUCGCUCGGCGCCGCAAGAAGGGCCACUCCGCCAGGUACGACGACGAAGACAUCCGGAGCUCGGAGGCGGACGAGUCCGAGAACGAUCCCGACAGCAUCCUCGGGGCCCUGACGGAGCUGUCGGCCUACCUAGCCGGCGAAGGCGAGGCCGAAGACGCCGUCGUCCAGGAGCGGUCCCGGCGCUCGCACCACGGGCGAGGGCGCAAACACCAGACACAAGCACACACGUCGCGGCAAUACGAAACCCAUCAUUAUCUCUACUAUCUCCGCUCAGGAAAGUGCCCCGCAGCCGCCGACGGGCACCCGAAGAUGUUCUGCCCGUCGCCCUCGGACCAAGGGGAGUGGCGCUGCAUCGAGGACUUGGACCUGUGUGACGGAACGCCCCAGUGCCCCGGCAAGGAGGACGAGGCGCCCACGCACUGCCUCUUCCACAACGCCAUGCGGAUGCACUUGGACGAGUUGACGAAGGUAGUGAUGUUCAAGCUGGCGUGAAAAGCUGUUUCACUCAUCACGGAAAGAAUUCAGGUCGAGGAACACCGAGGGCGGGAAGGACUCGCACAGCCGUGCCCUCCUCCUCCUCCAGCGUCGUCGCUAGGGCCGGCCUGGAACCCCAGCCGUGCCCCGCGACGCCCACUCUCUCCAGCGGCGAGGUGACGGCGGCACUCAAGUCUUAGGCCGCGCCCGAGAGUCGUCGCUCUGGCCUGCGUAGCGGAGUGAGCGACCGGUCGGUGCGUCGCGGAGGCGUCGCACUCCGGCGUCGUGGUCGUGGGGCCCUCGUCACCCUCGGCCGACCCACCCUCACCCGACCCACCUCACCCUGUUCCGAGGCCCACCACGCCGGCGCCACACGACGCUCCUUCCCCGCGGCACACGUCUCAUCCCCCUCGUCCCCCCGUCGGUUUGCCCGCAAGAAACGCCUCUUCCACUUCUCCGAGACGCUGCAAGGCGCGCCCCUCGCGUCCUCCUCUGGACAGGGUUUCUUCCGGCGAAUCACCCCCGAAUUUCCCCUCGUUCUUCGUUUUCCCUCUUCUUCUCUCCUCUCUCUUCGGCUCCUCCCCCGUUCAGUCUGCCAGGAAAGGCCAGAUGAAAGGGACCCCUGUACUAGCUUACCGUGUCCUACGUAGCCUCAAGGUUGUCAAAGCAGCCCGACCCUUAGUGCAGCGACCCAAGACAGAGCUCUAAGCUAGGUGGUAAGGUCUGGCCUGGGUGCUCAUGUAGUAGGGGAGGCCAAUGUAACUUUAUUUUUGUACACAUAAAUGCACUUCAAGAAUUUUAUACCAACUUCCUUUUUUAUGCUUGCAGCAUUGCAACUUGUAGGGUCUGUAAAUAUUUUACUUAAUAUUUUGAUAUUUUAACUUAUUUCUAAUUUAUUUAUACAUAAUUAUAAGAAUAGUUUAUGUUUUUUACAAUUAAUUUAUGUCAUGUACUUAUUAUAUAAGACCAAUAAAUUAUUAUAUGUGAA